UCUGUAGUGGUGCUGAGGUGAACACAGUGAGGUUAUAUGCAGUGCAUAAUCUCUAUUAUAAAUAUAGUGCAGUUUAUAUUAAUUAAUACAACGGAUAUAUAACAAGAUGUUAAAGAACUGUGGAAGGAAAAUGCUGGUUUCUAUGGUUGGUGCUACUUUCACCUGUCUGCUGGUCCUAGUGGUUGACCAGAACCGACAGGUCCUAGAGGUGCAAGGUGCAGUGGUUCCUGCCACCCCCUAUAUAGUUGAGGCUCCAACACCUAAAUCUGGGGAGCCUGAUACAGCUGGGGAAGAUGCCCCGGAUACAAAGAGCUUCUCAGCUUAUUUCAGCAAGCUGAAGAGAGUGAGAAGAGACACGGAUCAGGUGGACCCCCGUAAGGAUGGCCAGGGGACCAUUAAGCCCCCAGUAGAAGACAUCUCGCCUAAGGAUAUCUUCAUAGCAGUGAAGACCACCAAGAAAUUCCAUAGAUCAAGGAUGGACCUUCUCAUGGACACCUGGAUUUCCAGAAAUAAGGAGCAGACCUUUAUCUUCACUGAUGGGGAAGACGAGGAGUUGGCAAAAAAGACAGGAAAUGUCAUAAGUACAAACUGCUCUGCUGCUCACAGCCGUCAAGCUCUCUCUUGCAAAAUGGCGGUGGAAUACGACAAAUUUAUAGAGUCUGGCAUGAAGUGGUUUUGCCAUGUGGAUGACGAUAACUAUGUUAACAUUCGCACUAUGGUAAAGCUUCUGUCCCGUUAUGCUCACACCCAGGAUAUCUAUAUUGGAAAGCCCAGUUUGGAUAGACCCAUACAAGCAACCGAGAGGAUUAGUGAAAACAAAAUGCGCCCUGUAAAUUUCUGGUUUGCAACUGGAGGAGCUGGUUUCUGCAUUAGCCGAGGUCUGGCGCUAAAAAUGAGUCCGUGGGCAAGCGGUGGGCAUUUUAUGAGCACAGCUGAAAAGAUCCGACUUCCUGAUGACUGCACCAUCGGUUACAUCAUAGAGUCUGUGCUUGGAGUGAAGUUAAUCCGUAGCAACCUGUUCCAUUCUCACCUUGAGAAUCUUCAACAAGUACCCAAGAGUGAGAUCUCAAAUCAAGUGACGUUAAGUUACGGAAUGUUUGAAAACAAGAGGAACGCCAUUCUCAUGAAAGGGGCAUUUUCAGUUGAAGAUGAUCCUUCACGAUUUCGAUCAAUCCACUGCCUGCUGUAUCCGGACACGCCCUGGUGUCCACGGAACAUAGUAUAUUAGAAGACUUCAUGGCUUCUUCAACCUCGUCCCAAGUUUCCCUGGUAUCCAAAGGGCUUGUGGGACCAUAAUGUGAUGCUUACUGUGAUCGUCGUCCGAAUUUGAAACUGUGCUGAAGGCACAGUGUUUGCCAUAGGCUGCCAUGCGGCCGCUUCGCUCUAUUUCUGCCUGAGCAGACAGUGGAAGCUUAUUUCUCCAGAGCGUCUGACCAUCUCUUGUAUUAGAGAUAGGGGGACUGUAUGGGAGAGACUUAAGUCAUACUCAUCUUCCCUUUUUGUGGUUCAGCCCUCACCUAUAGACUCCUUUUUGCUUUGCAGCAUCUGCAAUUCUUAUAGAAUGUAUGCUGAAGACCUGCCUGUACAUUAUUAUUGCUAUAACUUGGGUAUUUUUGUUUAAUCUGCUGCUCACUAUACAUUGGUUUGACACCUGGGCAACAAAAUAGGUGUAAAAUCAACUUUCAAUUGACAUAAUUGGAAUUGCUAAUUCUAUUGGAGCUUGAUAUAGUGUCUUUCAACUUUCUAUUUCAUGAAUUGUUUAACUUCAUUUGUUUAUUGAAAAACUAUUUGUAAACCCAAGUUUAAUAUGACUUUUGAAAUCUUUAUAGUACUUUUUUGUAAGGAAGCAGUCAAAUCUAUAAAAAAUAUAUAUUGACAGAUUAUUUGCACUUCCAUGCCUUGUCAACCUAUUUAGGCAUAUCCAAUAUAGGUUUGCCCUCUAACAAGCGCCAAUUGAGUUAUUGAAAUACAGAUUUUUAACGCUUAAGAGUCUGGAAGCUAGUCUACUAUGUGCCUCUAUUGCAGCUUGUUUAGUGAACAAACAAAAUAUUUUUCUAUCUUUUCUAAAAAGCCCUAUCUGGCUGGGAAUGAUAAAGUCUAAUCUUAGCCCCAAUUUUCCACUGCCUUUAUAUUUAAGACUCCGGCUUUUUUUUCCAAAUGAAGGGUGAUUUCAAAUGUUUGUUCAUUAAUUUUUCUUUUUGCAACCGCUAAAGCUAUUUUUGAGCAACCGUCUAACACAAUUUCUCCUUGUACACCGCUUCUAGGCAUAGCUAUGAACUUGAUACCAUGUUAUAAAAUGCUGUUAACCCCUUAACAGCUAGAAAAAGCUUCUGGCUAGGAACGGGUUAAGGCAAAAGUAGAUUUUAGCUUCCAUGAGUCUUUCUUGCUCAAAAAUAUUUUCUGUGGUGUUAACUGGGAGGUUUUGUGGUCAAAACAGUUUAUUUUUUUUCUAAAAAUCUAUAUUUAACUUAUUUUACAUGGUUGCUUUUGCUAACUGCACAUAGAACUGGUGCUUUAACCACAUCACUGCCACUGGUGGGUACAAUGCCUUUUUUUUUUUAACUUUACUUUUCUGGUCCUCUGGCAGUGAACUGGUUAAGAGAAUGUAGCUUUCUGGCACUUUUAAAUAUUUGUAUAUAUAAAUUUAUUUUCAGAGCUGGAUUCUGACACUUUUUUUUUUCUGCUGCAGCACUGAAGGGGUUGUAGAAAACGCUUUCUUAAAUAGGCAGCAAUGCAUUACAAUCUAAUGCUUUUAUUUAAAGAGUUAAUUCGAAUUUCACUAGAUUAUCCUAUUUAAAUUUGAUAAUAUAUUAUAAGAAUACUUUGCAGCCCUAUCAGGCAGUCAAAUGGUUAGAGAUACUAAACGCAAAUUAAUUUUUUUCAUGAUUCAGAUAGAGCAUGCAAUUUUAAGCAACUUUCUAAUUUACUCCUAUUGUCAACUUUUCUUUGUUCUCUUGCUAUCUUUAUUUAAAAAAAGCACUUGCUUAUUGGUGACUACAUUCAGCCAACCAAUAAGCAAGCGUAACCCAGUUUCUGAACCAAAAAUGGUCCGACUCCUAAGCUUUACAUUCCUGCUUUUUAAAUAAAGAUAGCAAGAGAAUGAAGAAAAAUUGAUAAUAGGAGUAAAUUAGAAAGUUGCUCAAAAUUGCUGCUGUAUCUGAAUCAUGAGAGAAAAAAAAUGGGAUUUAGUAUCCCUUCAAAUUAAAUCUUAAUAUUUUUUUAUGGACCCCUUCAGUACAAAGACUCUCCCUCUUCCAGUUAAGAUACAGACCGUAACAAUGCAGUAUAAAGGUUUAUUUCAUAAAUGCCCCGUCUUUAUGAAUAAUUUGCAAAUGUAUUCCCCCUCCCCUGUCUCUUCUAAAUCUGUAUCUGUAACAAGGAAGGAAUAUAAACAUCUCAUUGCAAUCACUGUAUACAUUUUGAUGUUUGUAUUCAGAUGGGAAAGCUUUUACCACUUCAGUGAGUUCAGUGGUUAAGGUGGACCUUUGAAAUUCCACCUUUAUAGCCUGCUGCAGCAUUAAGGUGGAUUUUUUUUCUUGAGUAUUGCCCAUAUUGGGUAGAUCUGUAAAUAUUGUAAAGAGGUAGUAAUUUUACUGCCUUUUCUUUAUAAGAUGUUAAGAUAAAAUUUUGCUUUUUUAUACAUUUUUUUUUUCUGUGGAUCAGAAAAUGUAUCUUGUGAAAUGAGAAUUGUUAUAUUUUUAAUGAAAUUGUUAAUUAUAUUGCUCCAGUAUCUGGGGUUCAUUAUUAUAGAACAUAUGACAAAUGAAUUAACAAUUGUGCUCAGGGAAUUAUACCUGAUAUCAGGGUGAUUCUGUUGUCUUUAUUUCUCUGCUUAAAAUAAAGCAGUAUUUUUGCUGAAAUAAAAA